AGCAAUUCCAGUAGCCAUGAGUAUUUGCUGAGCCUCUCCCGCGAGGCUAUAGAUCUUCGACUUCUUGGUCUCGUUGCUGAAGAAGUUACAGCGGCCUGUCUGACAUUCUGCCAGCAUGCCGAAUCCGGCAGUUUUCGCGAGCGCAUACAAUCGACCACAAGCUCGAGAAGGACCGCACCAGCCUUACAAGAAUGAAGCAGGCUCGAAUCCUGUCCUGCGCGGUGUCACGUUGGCUAUCAUCUCCUCGAUCAUCGCCUCGUCCAACUACAUUCAGAAUAUCUUCUGGAAAUUGAAUGGCUUCGACAAGCUCAAAGAGGUCAAGAUACUCAAGGAAUAUGAGCCUCGCCAUGAUCCGACCGUCGUGUCCAUACCGUCGUCUUCUGAAGAAUCACCCUCGCUAACGAAUCUGCCGUUACCGCCUCCACGAGCCUCUGCCAGCAAUUACUACACAUGCGCAGACUAUCAUGAGUUGUACAGUUCCGGCAACCUCACGCCAUCUGAUGUCGUGGAACAACUGCUACCUCUGAUUCGACGAGACGUCAAGCCCAUCGGACCAUAUUCCGUCGCUUUCAUCGACACCAAGGUCGAGCUCGUCCGAGCAGCUGCCAAAGCCUCCACCCGGCGAUAUCGAGACGGCAAACCUCUGAGCGUCUUAGACGGUGUUCCGGUGGCUGUGAAAGAUGAGGUUGAUCUGAGCGGAUACAAGAAGACAUUGGGCAGCAAGCUUGACUUUACCGACUCGAAAGACCGCACGGCCUGGUGCGUACAGAAAUGGCAAGAAGCGGGAGCAGUAAUUAUUGGUAAGACGAAUAUGCAUGAGGUUGGUCUAGAUACCACCAACAAUAAUCAGACCUGGGGCACCCCUUUGAACCCUCACAACAAUGGUUACUAUACGGGCGGUAGCUCCGGCGGUUCUGCAUUUGUAGUGGCCUCUGGUAUUGCUCCCAUUUGCCUCGGUGUAGAUGGCGGUGGCUCGAUUCGACUUCCCUCGUCCUUCUGUGGCAUCUACGGCCUCAAACCCUCUCACGGUCGCGUCUCCUCCCGGGUUGAUCAUGAAUUCAAUGACAGCGUCGUAGUCAAUGGCCCAAUGGCCAGCAGCAUUGACGACCUUGCCCUCGGCUACCGAAUCAUGGCCCAACCAGAUCCUGUCUCCAAUCGAAGUUCUGGAUUCGCGAACCCGCUGUUGCAAUCUUCACAAGCUGUUGGACUUCCGGGCAAGAAAUACAUUGCCAUCGAUCGGGACUGGGUCAAUCGAUCAGAUCAAGUCGUGCUUGACAUGUUCAACGCUGCCAUUGAUCACUAUGUCAAGACCCAAGGUUACGAAGUCGUUGACAUCAAGAUUCCCUUACUCCCCGAAGGCCAGAAGGCUCACGCAUUGACCAUUCUGUCGGAAUCCCGCAGUCAUUUCUCGCCUCAGCAGAUCAAAAAGCUCUCAUGGCACAAUCAACUCCUUCUCAAUGUUGCCGGGAGCCAUGCUACUGCGCAGGAUUUUCUCUUCUCACAGAGGCUGCGCAACCUGCAGAUGUGCCACCUGGCGUGGUUGUGGGAGAAGUAUCCUGGUCUACUAGUAUUGACGCCCACCACGCCCUGUGCAGGCUGGAAAAUCGGCAAGCCCAGUGACAUCACGAAUGGCUACGGUGUCAGCGACGGCGACAUGAGCUUGAGAAGUAUGGAGUAUGUCUACCUAGCCAACUUUUUAGGCACUCCAGCUAUUUCUUGCCCGAUGGGCUAUACCGACGCCGAUGUCCCUGUCGGCCUGAUGGUAGUGCUCACCGCUCUGGCUUUUGAUACCCUUCUAGGCUAACUCUUCCUCAGGCUAUGGGUGAGUGGGGCAGUGAAGAGCAAUUGCUUGCGUUCGGUAAGGAAGGUCUAGGUUUGCUUGCUAAAGAAGGGGGUGUCCGGCGCCCGCGAGGUGAUAAGAUGUGGAUGGAUGUGCUGGCUGUGAGCAAAGCUGGGCAAUAGAGCAUUGUUUGGUAUUCAUCAAUUACGAACAAGGUCAUCUAGACAAAAUCCCGAGAAAUUUGUCGAG